CACAGGCCCGCGUGCUGCGGGGCGACAGCCAAACAAAGUAAACAAAUACCGAAGUUGCAAGGAGGGGUGCCGCGUGUCUUGGGAAUCGGAUUUGCGACUUUGCGCGACUCCAUAACCCCCCUCCCGAGCCAAUCUACAACUAGCAAGAUAAAGGGGGCUUUUUCGACAACGCCGCCAUGAGGGUGACGGAACUAAUCAUCGACGGCUUCAAGUCGUACGCCGUACGCACAGUGAUAUCAGGAUGGGACGAGAGCUUCAACUCCAUCACCGGCCUCAACGGCAGUGGCAAGUCCAACAUUCUGGACGCCAUCUGCUUCGUCCUGGGCAUCACCAACAUGUCCACAGUCCGCGCCCAGAACCUGCAGGACCUCAUCUACAAACGCGGCCAAGCGGGCGUCACCAAGGCUAGCGUCACCAUCGUGUUCGACAACAGGGACAAGAAGCGCUCUCCCAUCGGGUUCGAAGAGUAUGCGACAAUCAGCGUGACACGCCAGAUCGUUCUAGGCGGGACAACAAAAUACCUGAUUAACGGUCACCGCGCACAACAGCAGACCGUCCAGAACCUGUUCCAAUCCGUCCAACUCAACAUCAACAACCCAAAUUUUCUGAUCAUGCAGGGUCGCAUUACCAAGGUGCUGAACAUGAAGGCCGUCGAAAUUCUAGCCAUGAUCGAGGAGGCAGCAGGGACAAGGAUGUUCGAGGAUAGGAGGGACAAGGCGAUCAAGACGAUGGGGAAGAAGGAGAUGAAGCUUCAGGAAAUCACAGAGCUGCUCCGAGACGAAAUCGAACCAAAACUCGAGAAACUCCGAACCGAGAAGCGCGCCUUCCUCGACUUUCAACAAACGCAGAACGAUCUCGAAAGGUUGACCAGGGUUGUCGUCGCCCACGACUACGUCCGGUGCCAGGAAAAGCUAGAGCAGUCCGCCUCGGAUCUUGAAGCGAAGAAGCAGCGUGAGAAGGAUUUGGAGGAAUCGGCCACACGCCUCAAGAGCGAAAUAUCCCAUCUGGAGGAGGAUGUGCAAAGGGUCAAGGCGCAGCGGGACAAGGAGUUGCGGAAGGGUGGCAAGGCGCAGGCCCUUGAGGAUGCAGUAAAGAAGCAUUCCAAUGAACUGGUCCGCCUGGCCACCGUCGCCGAUCUCAAACGCAGCAGCAUGGCGGAAGAGCAGGAACGGAGGACGGGUUGCGAGAAGACCGUUGCCGAGCUGGAGGCAACCCUGAAAGAGAAGACCAAGGCUUACGAAAAGAUCAAGGCCAAGUACGACUCUGCGAAGGAAACGGCGGAGAAGCAGGCUCAGGAGGCAGAGUCGAAGGAGGAACUGCUUCAAACUCUGCAAACCGGUGUCGCAUCCAAGGAAGGCCAGGAAAACGGGUACCAGGGACAGCUACAAGACGCGAGGAACCGAGUUACAGCGGCUGUGACAGAGCAGGAGCAAGCCAAAAUCAAGAUGGCCCAUCUCGAAAAACGGAUAAAGGAAGAAGAGCCGCGUGCGGUGAGGGCCAAGGACCAGAAUGCCGGACUUCUCAAAGACCUCGAAGGGCUCAAGCACCAGGCGCAGAGGCUAGAGAAGGAGCUCGGCAAGCUUGGGUUUCAACCAGGCACGGAACAGGAGAUGUAUAAGCAAGAAAGCCAACUUCAACAAAGUAUCCGGAAUCUGCGACAAGAAUCCGAUUCUCUCAAACGCAGGGUAGCCAACAUCGACUUCAACUACGCCGACCCAGUACCCAACUUUGACCGAUCAAAGGUCAAAGGUCUAGUAGCUCAGCUGUUCAGCCUCGACAAACAGUUCACGCAAGCAGCUACGGCGCUGGAGAUCUGCGCGGGCGGGCGGUUAUACAACGUCGUGGUGGACACAGAAGUUACCGGCACGCAGCUCUUGCAGGGAGGAAGACUGCGAAAGCGGGUGACCAUCAUUCCCCUCAACAAAAUCGCCACCUUCAGGGCAUCUGCUCAGACCGUCGCUACCGCUCAGAGGGUUGCGCCGGGGAAAGUCGACUUAGCGCUAUCCCUUGUAGGAUAUGACAACGAGGUUUCGGCGGCCAUGGAGUAUGUCUUCGGCAAUACUCUGGUGUGCGCAGAUGGCGAGACAGCCAAGCGGGUUACCUUCGACCCCAACGUACGGAUGCGGAGUAUCACACUGGAAGGCGAUGCCUACGAUCCCUCGGGUACGCUCUCUGGCGGCAGCGCGCCGAACUCAAGCGGCGUGCUGGUCACGUUGCAGAAACUCAAUGAGCUUACAAGGCAGCUAAGGGAGGCCGAAGCAUCACUCGGCCAGUUGCAAUCCCAAAUCGCGCGAGAGAAAUCGAGGCUUGACCAGGCCAAGAAGAUCAAGCAGGAGCUCGAUCUCAAGUCACACGAGAUCAAGCUUGCCGAGGAACAAAUCGGCGGCAACUCCUCUUCAUCUAUCCUUCAAGAGGUGCAGAAAAUGAAGGAAACGAUUGCGGAGCUCAAAGAAUCAGUCGUAGAGGCUAAGAAGCGGCAAGCCGAGGCCAGCGCCGACGUCAAGAGGAUCGAAAAAGACAUGAAGGACUUUGACAAUAACAAGGACGCCAAGCUCGUUGAGCUCCAGGCUUCGGUCGAUAAGCUCCGUGCCGCUGUUGAGAGGAUGACGGCGUCGAACAAGGGUCUUCAGAAGGAGCUCCAGACCGCACAGCUCGACUCGGAGCAGGUCUCUGGGGACCUAGCCUCAGCACGCGAGCAGCUGCAAGAAAUCGACCUCGCCCUCAAGGCGCAGAAGGAGGAGGUCGAGGAGCUCAUCAAGAAGCAGCAGGAAAUCAAGGAGACGCACGACACGGCGCAGGCUCAGCUCGAAGAUGAGCGCACCAAACUCCAUGUCUUCGACGACGAGCUGCGCGCUCUCGAGCAAGCCAUGCGUUCCAAGAACGCACGCAUCACCGAGGAGGGGUUGGAGAAGCAAAAGCUCGGCCACCAGGUCGAAAAGUUCAACAAGGAGCAGCAGGCCGCAGCCCAGAGCGUGUCCCGCAUGGAGCAAGAGCACGAGUGGAUUGCCGAGGCGCGCGACCAGUUCGGACGCACGGGGACGCCGUACGAUUUUAAGGGUCAGAACAUCGCCGAGUGCAAGGCGACGCACAAGAACCUACUAGAGCGCAGCCAGGGCUUGCGCAAGAAGAUCAACCCCAAGGUCAUGAACAUGAUCGACAGCGUGGAGAAGAAGGAGGUCUCGCUCAAGCACAUGAUGCGCACCGUUAUCCGCGACAAGCGCAAGAUCGAGGAGACCAUCAUCAGCCUAGACGACUACAAGAAGAAGGCGCUGCAUGAGACAUGGGAAAAGGUGAACGGCGAUUUCGGUCAGAUCUUUGCCGAGCUGCUACCGGGCAGCUUCGCCAAGUUGGACCCGCCCGAGGGCAAGACCAUCUCAGAUGGCCUGGAGGUGAAGGUAUCACUGGGCAAAGUCUGGAAACAAUCCCUCACCGAACUGAGCGGCGGUCAACGAUCCCUAAUCGCCCUCUCCCUGAUCAUGGCGCUGCUGCAGUUCAAGCCGGCGCCCAUGUACAUCCUCGACGAGGUCGACGCGGCGCUGGACCUGUCGCACACGCAGAACAUCGGCCGCCUCAUCAAGACCCGCUUCCACGGCUCCCAGUUCAUCGUCGUCUCCCUCAAGGACGGCAUGUUCCAGAACGCGAACCGCAUCUUCCGCACCCGCUUUAGCGAGGGCACUAGCAUGGUGCAGGCACUCACGCCGGCUGAUUUGAGGUGAUUUUCUUUUUGUGCCGUGUCUUUUGUGGGUGGUCUGUAGAUGUGAAGGGCGGUUGACUGGUUGGGGGUGGUUUCUGUAUGGGAGGAGGGUUGGAGUUGGGUUGGGUUGGUAAAGGGCAGGCAGGUGGAAGGAUACAUCUGGCUUAGGCUGUUGUUUGUCGGUGUCUCUAGGGCACUUGGUACGGCGGUGCUUGUCGGUGGAUGUGUUAUGACGUUGUCACGUACACGACUCUAGCUAUGACGGUUGCGUUUGGGUAGUGGGCUUGCUGUCUAGUGUAUUUGAUCUGUUCUCUCGUGUCUAUAC